UUCAAUCACAUUAAAGUGUCCAUUAAAUCAUAGAGAGCAACCAAAACUAAAAUGAUGGGAAAGGCAAUGAAAGUAUUGCUUAUGUUGUGCAUGGUGGGAUACCUUGCCUCAGUUGCAUUUGCCAUUCGAGUGAACGAUGACAAUGGUGCUGAAGAGGGUGGUGCCAACGGCGAGGGGGGUGCUUCCGGUAUUCGCAGUGGCGGUGCUCUAGGAACUGUUUCUGUCUAUGAUCCACCUUACACUGCCAACCAGUGUUACGGAGAUGAUCCACUGCCGACUACGCUGGUGGCUACUGUAAAUGACGCCUUAUGGGAGAAUGGGGAUAGAUGUAAACAGACUCUGAGAGUGAGGUGCAUCAAGUCCACCGACGCAAGCAAACCUUGCAAAAGGCACACCUCUGUCGAUGUAAGAGUAGCUGAUUACUGCCCAAACUGCGAGACAACUUUUCAGAUUUCUGACGAUGCUUAUGCCAUCAUUGCUGAUCCUGAUGCUCCAUCACUCCAAGUUGGAUUUAGCUGGGUGUAAGGAAAGUCGUAAAUGGCAUUAACAGGAGAAGCUUUAACAGGAGAAGCUUGUUUGUAGUUCCCCUAGCAAGUUUCUUAUCAUGUCCAACACCAAAAUAUAAAUAAAUAAAAAGGGGAAAAUAAAUAGAGAAUGUGUGAAGAGUGUAAGGAUGAUGUUCAGUAAUGCAGCAUCUAUAUAUACAUAUCUUCAUUUCAUGUAAUAUCAGCUGGUUUGUUUAUAGUUUAUCUUGAAUGAAAGAGAAAUCAACUCUCAUCUCCUCUUUCUUAAUUUUAA